AUGGACGUUAAUAAAAAGAAAAAAAGAAAAACCAUUAAUACUAAAAAAGAUAGAAGAAAGACUCUUAAUAUUAUCGAACAGCAAUUAAACAAAGAUUACUAUCAUAAUGAGUGGUAUGUAGAAGGCAUCAAUGUUUCGGAAAAAUUCCGCGAGUAUCAACUAGAUGCUUUAAAAAUGGCUAAAGAAAAAAAUUUGACUUGGAAUUCUAUAUACGAAAUUUUGGUUCAACUACAACCAGUUGAGUCUGGAUUUAGUAAAAAAAUAUCUGAUAUCUUUAAUGAAGUAAGCAGAGGGGUUCCCACAAUUCUCGGCACCAAGAUUUCUGAAGAUUUACAUAGCAUCAAAUACCUUCAUCCAUUUAUAAAUUCGAUAUUCUUUACAUCAGAGCCCAAAUUAUAUGAAGUUCGUUUAAAUCAAGCAAAUGCUGGCUCAAAAACACGGCCAGAUUUUUCUUGUAUAAUAAAUAACAUACCAUUGCUAAACACUGAAAUAAAACCUAUCGGAGUUACUCCACUAAGGAAGAAGAAGGAUUUUAUAAAAGGACAACUUCGUGCAAAAAAGUCAGUGAAUCAGUUAUUAGAUGCAAAGGGUGGACCUGCGAGAGCAUUGUCUGUUAUAAAUAUGGGGGAGAGAUUAGAUUCAUAUGUAAUAGAUUUAAGAUAUGAUGGCCUGUAUCGUUCCUGGGAAUUUGCAAAAACAAAAUUGGUGGUGGAGAAAUCAUCAAUGCCUUCAAUAGAAUCAUCAAUUAUUCAUUUUUUAGCAUUGGAAGAGCAGGUUAAGAUUUUGGCUCAAGAUUUUAUUAAACGUCCAGAGGAUUUCACACCACCAGCUCAAAUUUCUAAUGGAUAUAUUAGAAACGACCCUGAAAGCCCACAACUAAAAAGAUUGCUUAAUAAGUACAAAAGUCCUAGUAGUGUUAAUGGUAGCGAUAAAGAAAGAAGACGUCGUUCUACAAGUGAUAUCGAGAGAAGACGUCGUCGUCAACAAAAAAUUUUAGGGGAGGCAGAUAAUAGUCCUUUUUCGCGUAGUAGUAGAAGAUAUACUGGUAAUUUCGAAGCAUACAGUGGUAGUGGUGGUGAUUUACACGGAUCAAUUUCAAGACAAUUAAAUACGUUAUCAGGAAAUGAGGAACUAUUAUUAUCACAAAGAAAUAAUAAUAAUGAAUUUUAUAGAAACAUGUUAGAAAAUCGUCAACAUCAAGGAAGAAAUAGUAACACUACAUCUUUUUCAUCACCGAUUGGCGAAUACGAAUACUCGCCACGAUUCCCAUUCGAGUUAUUAAGGUUGCAAGGUGGUUUGACUAGAUUUUAUUAUUUAAAUUAUGAAAAACCUGAUGAUAUAUUAGUAAUCAAUCGAAUCCAUAGUGUGCCAUUAUUUUGGUAUUUUAUAACAGCUGAGUUAAUAUUACAAUCUACGAGAUUAUUAUUACAAAAGGAUCAACUAUUUCAAGGUUCAACAUUGGGAAGCUUAGCAGCUAAUUUACCUGCACCAUUUCCAGAUAUAAUUAAAAUUUUAAUAAGAUAUCGAUUAAUAUGGAAUAGUUUAUGGGAAGAUGUUUGUGUCUUGGUGUUUGUAGUAGGAUUUUUUAUAACACUUUCCCCUAUAUUAACAUACUUUGAUUAA